UCCUUAUUUGCAGCAAGACGUAACAUCAUUUGGGCUUUUACGACAGACGUGUCCUCCACCCGUUUACGGCAGAUACAAACAUGUGCUGCAUCUCUCGGUAACGCCGCAUGCGCUUGGAUCCAAGAAGUGAAGUGUUUUCCCCGUGAUCCGUUCCGUUGAAUUUGAAGGAUGUCUUUUCGAGGGGGUGGUGGAAGAGGAGGAUUCCGUGGUGGUCGAGGUGGCGGCGGCGGUGGAGGAUUUAGAGGUGGCGGCGGUGGUGGAUUUAGCCGUGGCGGUAGAGGAGGAUUCGGUGGUCGAGGAGGCGGCGGCGGCUUCCGACAAGAUUAUGGUCCCCCUGAAUAUGUCGUCAAUGUAGGAGAGUUUGUGCAUCCUUGUGAGGAUGAUAUCGUGUGCAAGUGCACGACAGAGGAGAGCAAAGUGCCUUACUUCAACGCCCCGGUCUAUCUGGAAAACAAAGAACAAAUAGGAAAAGUGGACGAAAUAUUUGGAAAUCUACGGGAAUUUUAUUUUUCUGUCAAACUAUCAGAAAAUAUGAAGGCAUCGUCGUUUAAGAAACUACAGAAGUUCUACAUAGACCCCAUGAAGCUUUUGCCCCUGCAGAGGUUUCUCCCACGACCCCCAGGCGAGAAGGGGCCACCCAGGGGGGGUAGAGGCGGCCGAGGGGGCCGUGGAGGUGGCUUCCGUGGAGGAAGAGGCGGAGGCUUUGACCGAGGAGGCCGGGGGGGCGGCUUCCGUGGAGGCCGGGGCGGCUUUGACCGAGGAGGCCGAGGUGGUGGCGGAUUCAGAGGAAGAGGUGGCAGCGGUGGUGGCGGCCGUGGGUUCAGAGGAGGGAGAUGAUGACUCGGCAGAAGCAGACCUGAUCGUCCCACACCACUUGAAGAUUACAAAGGAAGAUGGAGCAAAGAGGCCGUUGUGCUUCCUCUCUGUUGGACUUGUUUUCGAAACGAGACAGCGACCCCUCGGCCUUUUGUACCUUUGGCCUGCAAUGCGAUUUUUACUUUUUGUAUUGUUAUUUUUUGUGCUGUAUAACGUGUGCAUUCCAUCGUUUCCCCGGUGUCUCCGAGCUAUCAAUCUGAAAUUGUAGUCCCUGGUUAAUGACUCGUUUUCUUUGAAAACCCCUCAGACAACAAUGAACAUGAGGCUUGUUAUGAAUUGGUAAAGGAAUGUGUCAAUGUUAGAAGAUAUGUUUUAAUGGACAAGGACUUGAAUGUAGUCCAUAUGACUGAUUUCCUAAUUGCCAAACAAAUAAUGUCAAGUGUUGUAAAGGAAGUCUCUUAUCAAUCUCUUGGUUUGAAUUGCUUGGUUCAAAAGCUGGCAAUACCCAAUCAGUGGCUGAAGCCAUUGUGUGCCCUAUAGAUGACAAACAAGCUUGGUGUUCUGCCAGUGUCCCACAAAACGAAAUAAAAAAAGGUAGUUGGUAACCAGCUGCCAUUCAGAAAAAAGUA